CCUCUCUGUCGGCGAGCGAGGAUUCAGUCUCACACUCUGAGUCGUCAGGUUUUCUUCUUCUCCUGUUAUGACCCAUUUCAGGAGUGACUGCCACUGAGACAGAGACACCAGGAUGAACGGCGAGCAGAGAGCAGGUCGCACCACGACAGCUAAGAGAGGAAGCGGCGCCACCAACAGGUCUGACUAUGAGAUUGAGUAUGACAGAUUCCCUGAUGACCACUAUAACAGGGCUUUUGACUACCAGCGUGUCCCCUCCUCGGUCUCGGUGGAUCCCAGUCCAGUCAAACGUCCCCGUCCUUCAUCCUCCUCCUCCUCCUCUUCCUCCUCCACAGCGGCUCUGAGGAUGAAGAGCAGAGGGACAUCUAGCAAGAGCAACACCACGCACGCCUCCUCCUACUCCUCCAGCAGCAGCAACACCAAAUUGAAGAUGGCGGAGCUUCUUGCCAUAAAGAGGGAGCUGACCGUGAUCAAGGUCCAGAUCGACGGCCUGUUAGACUGCGUAGACAAGAUGGACAGACAGAGGAAGGACUGCUCAGAGUGUCCUCAGAGCAGAGAGCCCAGUGUGUCUGGGUCUCCUCACCGAGGUUCAGUCAGCAGUCUGGAGAGAGAAAGUCCUGAACCAGGAGAGGCCAGCGAGGACGAGCCGCUGCACUACCAGCACUACUACCCCCACAGCUACCCCCACAGGAUAAAGCAGCAUCAGUCUGAUCUGGAGGACGACCUGUGAUGCAGCAGCUCAGAUUUUGGGUGAAAAUCUGAUUAUGGGGGCUUUUAUGGAGAGCACUGUCACCAAACUGUUGCCAAGCCAAACACAUUAAGACUUUUCCUGUAGCAUCUUUUCCCAGCUGGACAACAUGGACAAUUGUGACUGACUGUAAAUAUGUUCAGAACGUUCAUGUAAAAAUAAUUGUGGGUUUGAAAAUAUUUAUGUGUACAGUAGUGGCUCUUUAUACUUCAACAUUAUUUCAAAUUUAAAAAAAAAUAAUACUGAAAUGUUUUAAUAAGAAAUUCUGUGACUGAACUUACAGAAUCAUUUUGGAAAUAUGACAACACUUCAUUUGGCUUCAGUGUCGUUUCUGCUGUUGAUGAUUUGUGUUUGUUCUCAGUGCUGAAUGUUACGU